GACCGUUAUAAGUCCAUCAAGAUCUGUUUUCCUCGGUGGGACACAGAGGCCUCUCGGGUAUACCUGCUCUUGUAAAACCUUUAGUCGAGGAUCAUGUCCUCAGGGGCUGUGGUGGCAGCAGGUCAGAGGUCACAUCAUCUAUAUGCCUGGUUUGACCAUGAAGCUGCUGCGGUGGUGACCAUCCUGUUGGGGCUGUUCCAGUUGUUGUUGUCUGUCCCACUCGCCUACGCUAACCAAACGCUGCCCAAAUUCUUCAUACUGCCACUUGUCUUAGGAGUUCUAAUUGUGACAGGAGGAUCCUUCACCUUCGCCAAUGAGAGGAACUCCAGCAGACUCCUGCUUCGAGGUUGCGCGUGCAGCAACGUGGUUGGCCUGCUGGGGGCGCUGCUUGCCUUCUGCCUCUACUGCUACAGCCUCAGCGUGGUGUCCAACACAGAGACGUGUGCGAAUUUCCACCAGGAAUACAGGAUGUCACCGCACAAGUGUCCCGGAGCAGCCCUGGCGGCCUACUGCUGGAGUCUGACUCUGCUGCUGCUGCUCUAUGACACCGGGGCCGUGGUCCUGCACUGCUCCCUGACGGUCUCCGCCCUCAAAGCACUCAAAACAGACUGACACACACACACACACACACACACACACACACACACACACACACACACACCCGUGUACACAUACAUGAUACAUGAGGAAUUACUCCAUACUGGCAUUAUCCUCAAAGCCAAUGGAAAUGUACUUUCCAGAGUAAAUGUAAAAUAAUAAUAAUACUCUUUCUGAUUAGUUGACAGGUAUCUAAUUAAAUCAUCAACAGCUGAGUUUCAUCACCCAACAGAGUACCUGUUGACCUGGUUAAUGGCCAUGGCUUGAGUGAGAUAAUACCCCUUUUUCUAUUUUUAUACCAAAUACUAAUAUUAGAGCCACGCAGAUAGCUGAUAUAUUGGACAAAAUUAGCUUAUUGCUGAUAUAUCAAUAUGAGUGUAAAUGUUGUCAGGACCCUGCUUCAGAAAGCUGGUUCAGUGAAAACCUUGAGAUGAGGGAAAAUCUGGGUUUUCAGUUCCUGCAAAUGAGCCAGCUUACAUUCUUGAUAUGUUACCAUGGUAACUGACUCUGUGAAGCUAAGCUGCUCGUAUCUAAUAGUGUCUCGUCUCUGAUUAAUUACUGUCAGUUUACUGUAUUUUGAGAUGUAACUCCUCGUUGCAUGUUAAUACAAAUGUUAAAAAUCAACUGUUUUAAAAACUGAGUUUUACCAUUUCUGGGUUAGUUAAGUCAGAGUGAGGGUUCGGCUCAGAGUUUGUUGAACCUGUCCAUAUCAGUAUAUAAAUCACAAAAAUAAAAAAUACAAUAAAGGAACCAUUGUCAACAUUG